CAGCCGCCGCCAUUAGAGGAGCGGGGAGGCGGCGGGACACGGCCCGACCCCCCGGCGCCGCCGAGUGGGAGCGCCCGCGCCCGAGACAGCGCAGCCCGGCUGGGACGCACCAUGUCCUGAGCGGGGUGGGGACGGGGCGCGGGCGGGCGGGCUGGCGGGCGGACGGCUGCAGGGACGGAUCCGGGCAGCGAGAGAUACUUGUUCACAGUCUCAUCCGUCACAUUUAGCAGUCUGACGAGGACAAGGGCUGAGCCAGAAUGAAGACAGAAUCUCUUCUUCAUUAGAGAAAAGCUUUCUGUCUGACAAAAUUCACUUCAAGAAGUGCACAAUGACAGAACGUGGAAUUAAAUGGGCUUGUGAGUAUUGUACGUAUGAAAAUUGGCCAUCUGCAAUCAAGUGUACCAUGUGUCGUGCUCAGAGACCUAGUGGAACAAUUAUCACAGAAGAUCCAUUCAAGAGUGGUUCAAGUGAUAUUGGCAGAGACUGGGAUCCUACGAGCAUUGAAGGAGGAAGCAGCCCUUUGAUAUGUCCAGAUUCUAGUGCAAGACCAAGGGUUAAAUCGUCGUACAGUAUGGAAAGUGCAAAUAAAUGGUCUUGUCACAUGUGCACGUACUUGAACUGGCCAAGGGCGAUCAGGUGUACUCAGUGCUUAUCUCAGCGCAGGACCAGGAGUCCUACAGAGUCCCCUCAAUCUUCAGGUUCUGGAUCAAGACCAGUCCCCUUAUCUGUUGAUCCUUGUGAGGAAUAUAAUGAUAGAAAUAAACUGAACACGAGGGCACAACAUUGGACUUGUUCUGUUUGUACAUAUGAAAACUGGGCAAAGGCCAGAAAAUGUGUUGUAUGUGAUCAUCCCAGACCUAACAACAUAGAAGCAAUAGAACUUGCAGAGACAGAAGAGGCUUCUUCAAUCAUAAAUGAGCAAGACAGAGCUCGAUGGAGGGGAAGCUGCAGUAGUGGUAACAGCCAAAGAAGAUCUCCUCCUACAACCAAACGUGAAUCUGAGGUAAAAAUGGACUUCCAAAGAAUUGAAUUGGCUGGAGCUGUUGGCAGCAAGGAGGAACUUGAAGUCGACUUCAAAAAAUUAAAACAAAUAAAAAACCGAAUGAAAAAGACUGAUUGGCUGUUUCUAAAUGCUUGUGUGGGAGUUGUAGAAGGUGAUCUAGCCGCUAUCGAAGCGUACAAGUCUUCAGGAGGAGAUAUUGCACGCCAGCUUACUGCAGAUGAAGUACGCUUGCUUAAUCGCCCUUCUGCUUUUGAUGUGGGCUACACGCUUGUACAUCUGGCUAUACGCUUUCAGAGGCAAGAUAUGCUAGCAAUUUUGCUUACUGAGGUAUCGCAGCAUGCAGCAAAGUGCAUUCCAGCAAUGGUGUGUCCAGAGCUGACAGAACAAAUCCGGCGUGAAAUUGCUGCAUCUCUUCAUCAGCGGAAGGGAGAUUUUGCUUGCUAUUUUCUCACUGACCUAGUAACGUUUACAUUGCCUGCAGAUAUUGAAGACUUGCCGCCAACAGUCCAAGAGAAAUUAUUUGAUGAAGUACUUGACAGGGAUGUUCAGAAAGAGCUAGAGGAAGAAUCUCCUAUUAUAAACUGGUCACUGGAAUUGGGUACACGCUUGGAUAGUAGACUAUAUGCACUUUGGAAUCGGACUGCAGGAGACUGCCUCCUUGAUUCAGUACUACAAGCUACGUGGGGCAUUUAUGACAAGGAUUCGGUGCUACGGAAAGCCCUACAUGACAGUUUACAUGACUGUUCACAUUGGUUCUACACCCGUUGGAAAGAGUGGGAGUCAUGGUACUCUCAGAGCUUUGGUUUACAUUUCUCUCUGCGAGAGGAACAGUGGCAGGAAGAUUGGGCAUUCAUACUUUCUCUUGCUAGUCAGCCUGGAGCAAGUUUGGAGCAGACACACAUUUUUGUACUUGCACAUAUUCUUAGAAGACCAAUUAUAGUUUAUGGAGUAAAAUAUUAUAAGAGUUUCCGGGGUGAAACUUUAGGAUAUACGCGUUUUCAAGGUGUAUAUCUGCCUUUGUUAUGGGAACAGAGUUUUUGUUGGAAAAGUCCUAUUGCUCUGGGCUACACAAGGGGCCACUUCUCUGCUCUGGUUGCCAUGGAGAAUGAUGGUUAUGGCAAUCGAGGUGCCGGUGCUAACCUGAACACUGAUGAUGAUGUUACCAUUACCUUUUUACCAUUGGUUGACAGUGAGAGGAAAUUGCUGCACAUUCACUUCCUCUCUGCUCAAGAGAUAGGUAAUGAGGAGCAGCAAGAGAAGCUGCUCAGGGAGUGGCUGGACUGCUGUGUGACGGAGGGAGGAGUUCUUGUUGCUAUGCAGAAAAGCUCUCGACGCCGCAAUCAUCCCCUGGUCACACAAAUGGUAGAGAAGUGGCUCGAUCGCUAUCGACAGAUCCGACCUUGUACAUCCCUUUCUGAUGGUGAGGAAGAUGAAGAUGACGAUGAUGAAUGAGGAAAUCAAAAGAAAAUACCAAUGCAUACUGUCUGAUGACCCCAAAGUUAGCAUUAUGCUCCAGCAGUUUGUUAUGGAAUGACCCAAUUCUAGUGGAACUGUGCUGGAAAGGAUUUUUCUAACCAGUGUGGGGAGAACCUUGGCUGCUGUGUGAAGAGAGCUAAGUUGGUUGGACUGCAGUUUGUUAAAAAGAAAAAACAAGAGAAACAAAAGAAUCCCCUAAUUUUAUUAUCAAGACAGAAAAAAAUUCUUUCCAAUUGUAAAUCUGUCUAUAAAUGUACCGCAUGUGGUUGUGUAAGAAGUUGUGUAAUAGGAAAAGUAUACCAGCAUCUUAAAAUUAUUGAGAGAGAAAUUUUUUGAAUAAGGGCACUUACAAAAGCACAUGUUAGAUGGAUAUUUGUUCCCUCUGAGAUUCUUUUACAGUAGUGCUUGAUAUUCUAAUUCACUUUUUUUCUGACACAUUUCCUUGCCAGGCCCUUUAUGCGAGAUCUCAUUAGUGCCCAGGUCAGGUUGUGAGGAUUUUUGUUUGCACAAACUAUCCGCAGCAAGUUGGACAUAAAGACCAGUCCAUUAUUUUAUUAAUAUUUUUAGUUAUUUUUUUGCCCAUUAUAAUAAAACCAAAUCUUUAAUGAACAAACUGGAAGAAGAACUAAAUUUUUCAUGGAGUGAAAUGUUUUUGAAUUGAAAAGACUUUUUCAUUUAAUAUUUCAUCCUGUUACAUUUCCUUAGAUUUUUCUUUCAAUAUGGUCAAAAUAUUUAUUCAGAAAAGUGACGUAACUAUAAGGUUUCUUAUUCCAGUGAUUCUAGACUAAAAGUGUUUUGAGUUAGCAGAUGCUACAUAUGAUUUGAGAAUUUUCUGUUGUUCAAACCCAGUCUUGCUGUGAUAUGUAUAGUAUAUCAUUUAAUCCUUUAAAUAUAUCAUAAAUCCACAUUGCCGCAAGUGAAAAAAAUGCCUUUUAAAAGGGGCAUUCCUUGGUUAUUAAAAUCUCAUGAGGGAAUGCUUAACAGUUCUGAUUAAAAAAAAAAAAAAAAUUAUGCUAAAGUUGUCUUUUAAAAGCACUGUAUUAUCUAUUUCUCAAUAUGUAAACCUGGGAAUUUCUUGCAUGUUGAUUGAUGUGGCCAUACUUAAAUGUAAGUUCCUAAAAGUGUAAGUUCAGAGUAUAUUCUCCCAUAGAAAUUGUUAUAUUUGAUAACUUUAACCAUGCAGUCUGUAAUGGAUAAAGUAUCUAAAAUCUCACUUAGAAACACUAAAGAUUAAUGCCAGUUUCUUUUACACAGGCAGUGCAAUUCCAAUCUUGAUAAGCACUUUGACGUUUAUUGGUGGUGUGGCUGGUGGAUCGGGAAUUUUUCAGUAGAUGGCAUUAUUUGUUUUUAACUAGGAUUUGGAAAGAAGCCCCAUAGCACGUAUUUUUGUGUAGUCUAAAGCUACGGACACCCUGAGGAACUUGCUGCUUUUUCUUCCAAAUGCUGCUUAGAUGGUGUUUGAAAUGUGCACAACUCCUAUGUAAACUUGGUGACAAACACCAAAACUAUAGAAAUAAUGAAGUACUGUAUUAUGUUAGCAGUUUUUCCCAUCACAGAUUCCAUUGAGAUUUAUUAAGAAAUGUGUCUUCACACUUUUGGCCAUUAGGUCACCUUUGAUUGGUGCAUGCACAAAUUUUCAGGUAAAAGAAUGCAUGUUUCUCUGCAAUAUACAUAUGAUUUACCUGAGUGAAAUAGGAGAAUUGCAGAUAGUAAACAGGUUCCACUUUAUAUACAGUCCUAAUUUUAAGUUUGCUUUUGAAAUGCAGUAUUAAGGUAAAAUGAUAUCUUGUCCUCUGUUCGUUUGAAAUUUUGUUACAUUAUAGUCAAAUCCAAGUGUACCUUGAACAGUGCGCGACUUCAUGGCCUGCCUACAUGGGGAAAUUGGUUUGGAGUAGGCUAGGGUGUGAAUUUACAGAGCACCAGCUAUUUUGUACUCGCCGCCAGGGUGGGCGCUCAUGGUCUGUACAAAGACUACCCGCUGAAGUGCAUUAAGGGGCGCCUGGCCAGCAGGGAGUGUGGAAUAGCUAGUGCGCUGUAAACUUUUUCUCAUCUUACUGUGAUAAUGUCCCUUGUGGGCAAGCCCUUAAGUAAACUAGGAGCCAGUGCUUUCAUUUCAGUAGGCCACUGGAAGCGGUGUUGAUGCGCCAUUUUACAAAAAAUCUUCAUGAAAAUCCUUCCCACUGUGAUAGAACGUUAUUGGGAAUUGGAGGAAGCACAAGGGAUUGUAAAAUGGCCAGAAAGAUAAAAUGUAAGAGAAGACAAGCCUUGCCUCUAACAGCCAUCUAGGCAGCUUGUGACUUCCUUUAAAAAGAAAGAAACAUUUUGCAGUUAAUGGCAGUACCAUGCACUCUGCUACAGCUCUGCUGUUUUAAAAACCAGACCAAAUCCUGGGACGCUUAGUAUCUGCCUUGUGCUUUUCUUCCCAGUCGACUCUCCUGAUGCAUUCGAGUUUUGGCUUUGUUCAUCAUUACUGUUCUUCUGAUGUGCUAUAAAAUAACACGUUUAGGCUAAUGAACCUCACUGUUUUCAGAACUCGAAAGGCUUUAAAAGAAUCCCGACUUGAGUUCUGGAAACUCUGCUAGUGCUGCGUUUGGCCUUUUCGAUUAGCAAAAGGUGCAAGUAAUUGGCCUUUUUGCUGUCCAUGUAUACCAGUAGUAGUCUCUCCAAAUAGCAUAAGUAAAGAUUUACAGAUACCGAAUUGUACCUGGCUGCCAAGUCCUGCUGUAUUGGCUUAACUGUUUAAAAAAAAACAAAACAAAACUUUUUUUUUUUUUGAUUUCUUGGCAUUGGUGAAAUAUUCCCCAUAUCAUUGGUCCCAGAAGUGUAUGCUCACCUAGUGCAGUCUGUGGUUCUUCAUUUCAGACUUUUCCCUGUUUGCAUCUGGCCUUUUCUGGGAGAAAUUCCUUGGUAAAUUUGCCCCUUGAAUCACUUUUGUUUUAGUAGGUUUAUACACAGCCUAACUGUAGUGGUCCCAAGCUAAGCUGUAAGUGAACUCUUGCGAGGUUCCAGCAAGUCGUAACCUGACGCAUUGAAACAAAAGUUAAAGAGUCUUGUUGCAUUGUUUAUUUUUGAUCAGAUAACUUCCUUUGUGAGCUUUGCUUUCUAAACAGGUAUCAGUCUUUUUUAAAGAACAGCUGCAUUGGGUAUCUGUCACCAAAACUGCACUUUUUCUUCCUGGAACUGUUUUACAUGCUGUAGUUGAAGGACCUCCUGCUUUCCUUCCUUCAGUCCAUGAAUAGUAGUGGGCUUACUUUUUAGCAAGGCGACAGGCAUGUAUCUUGAAUAGCAACUACUUGAUAUCCUUUAUAUCUCCACUUGCCCACGAACUUGCAGCAUGCUUCAGUCACUUCGCUUGGACCCUCAAUCCAUCUUGUCAGGAUAGAUGCAGGCUCUUCAUUUUUCACUUCCAUAUAUAGCCUGUUGGUUACAUAUUUUGCUGGUAGUACCAUUGAAUCCCUCAGUAAUGGCCACACCUGAGGGAGUAACAGAUUACUUCUAGAACUGCAGCCAGUUACUACGAUGCUCCCAUUUGUAACAUUUGGAUUUUUUAGCACUCUAGUGGCAGUUGUUGUCUAAACUUACUUGCAUCUGGUCUCUUUUCCAAUAUUGGAUGAAAGCAUAGUGUCUACCAUUCCCUGCAAGGACUCUUGUUUCCCUAGUGCAAAGUCCACUGCUGGCAAUGGAUGCCCUAGGAGCCACUGGCACAAAGGAUUUGAUUUCACAGAAAAGUAUUUUUACCCACCUGGAAUGCAGCUGCUUGCUUUUAAAAGCAAAUGAAAGUACCGGAACUAGUUAUUUGAAAAAUAAUUUUAGACCUUGACAACACAAAUUCACUGUUCUCUCCUGUUUUACCUCCAUUUUUAUUUUUUCCCCCCAAAAAUGUCUUCUCUGUAACUAACCUGUUUUAUUCUCCUGGUUUCUCUUUGCUGGUGUUUAUGGAUAAUCAUUUAUAUGUGCUGUUAAUCAUUGACAAAAGGAUGGUCACUCACCUAUGACAUGCGACCUCUUUUUAACAUGUUUGAAGCUGGUAAUUAGCUUUCAGUUUAAUUUAAAACAAAAAAAAAUACAGAAGUUUUGUAACUAGAAA